AUGAUAAUUCCUGCAUCCAUGGGUUGUAUCCUAGAAGUUGUAUUUUUAGAAGUAAAAGAACAUGCUGGCCCAAAUGCUUUUGCAACAUUUGGUGGUCAAAAUCCUGAAGCCACUCUUAAAAAAGAACCACAAGCAUCCAAGCCUUAG